UUCCAGGUGUAUAAAAUAGCUCAGGAGACAGUUUUGCAUUUUCCCGGUGCAGCGAAUGUGAAGAUCAAUACACAGUGAAAAAAUUAGCGGACGGAAGGCGUAGUAGGCACUUGUCCGUGGUGGGAAUGGUGCCUUUCAUCUCCUGUACAGGCUCCGAGAAACCCUUUUAGUGUUUGAGGGUUUGAACUUUCGACUCGGGGGUAGGGGUGCGAGGGUGUGAGGGUGUGAGGGCCGCCGAGACGCAAAGAUCAGACGCGAGUGAAGGCAUUGUGGACGAUGAACCUCCUCCUGUACGUGGAUGCCUGGCCCUGAACCCUCCGUCUGCCCCCGGCACCCCCACCCGAGGCUUCCUCCGACCCAGGGAGCCGUCAGUAAGGUCGCCCCGUCCCUGUACCCUGCGUCCUCGGCCUCAACCUCAGCAGCGCCGGAGACUGUAUUGGAUCCCUCUAGCUUGGUUCUGUCAAGAGUACGAGUCGACGGCUGGGACGUGACUCGAGGCUCCAAGGGUCGAAGCGGUGGUGGUGGUGGCAGGGUCGUUGGGGCGAGGUGUGAGGGCGACGAGCAGCCGGGACCAGCGAACCGAAGAGGGAACAUUGGCUGGUGGCGCGCGAGGCUGCUGGUGUGCGUCCUGUACCUCGCCGUCAUCCUUGGACUGAUCAUCUACAUCGAAACCGCGAGGGUGGUGAUGGUACCGAUCACCAUCUUCCUCAUCGUGCUCUCCUUCGCUCUCUUCUUCAUCAUCCUCUUCUGCGUUUGUUUUGUGGUGUUCCUUUGAGCAGAGAGCAGCGUGGACAUGAAACUGAUCACCGAGCUUCAGGACGAAAUCAUGCUUCGUUAAACACCUUCAUGUAUGCAAGAGUACCAGCGCCCUGCCCUACCGUUGCACUCUAUGACUCAUCCAUACACACCUCCACCUCUUCCCCAAGCCAUUUGAAGCGGACACUAUCUUAUCUUCACUUGAUUCAUGCUUCACUUCUCUACGCUGCCGGCAUGUUGAAAUCCACCAUUCAAAGCAGAUUAGCAGUUUGCCGAAGACAUGCCGCCGUGACGGUCUCAACUGUCCCUUCUGAAUGACCUUUUGAAAAAUAUGGAAAUCACAAUAAUCGCCAAAGAGAGUCUGUGUGUAAGGUGCAGCGGCCGUGCGUAAGGCGUGCAGGCGGCGUGCAGUGUUGGGGAAGGAAAUGCAAGUUUAUGGAAACAAUAAUGUCAUGCAAGUCACGUGAACUGUUCUUAAGUCUGUGAACGAUGUCUGGCGGGGAGGCGGAGGUGCGGCAUGGGGGGGCGAGGAGCGGCGGGGCAGGGGUGUCCCGGGAUAGUGCGCGGCCCGGCGUGGGGGGGGUGUCGGGCACGGGCGGCCACUGGCGUCCGUGGGCGCAUACUUGGCGUGGUCCCCGGGCGGUGCCACGGUUUUAGCCGCGCAGGUGUGGGGUUCGGGGCGGACAGGGUGAGCAGUGUGUGUGGGGCAGCGCUCCCAGCCGUGCCCGUGCCCGCCCUCCGUCAAGCCUUUGGUCUCUGUGUUUCGCGCGCUCCGCCCGGCAGCAGUGUGGUGGCGGCGGGGGUCUGUUGAUGGCCGCGUGAAGGGGAGUGUGCGUCUAUGUGUCGUGGGGAACCCUGCCCGGAGGCGAGGCAGUGCAUAAGCAGCACCAGCAUAAAGGACAACGACAGCAACACGAAAGUAAUUAUAAUACUAAUACAAGUGGAAGAAGCUGUGUUAUCUGCGACAGAGGGUGCAAUACACAAGGCAGAGGGAGGGGUGGUGCGUCAGCAGCUGCAGCGGCGGCUGCAGCCCCCAGGAGCCUCAUUGAGGGGUGAUGCAUGACCGCGACACAAUGGACUUGUCGGCAAGCAACAGUUUGGCGUCCUCGUCGGGCGGGGGCGGCGCUACCAUUGACUCCACGGUGGUGGGCGAGGACCCCGUGGCGGUGGGCUCGAGCAGGAGGGCACGCACCAAAGCCAAAGACAAGCCAAAGAAAAGGAGAUUCCUCAGCGCCUCCUCCAAGUCCCUCUCGGCGAUCCCCAACAGAAUCCAGCUGUCCAUGCUCAACUCCGGACUCAUCCGCAUAACUGAAGAAGACAAGGCCAUCGGUGCCAUUCCUACCAAGCCCAUUGAAUCCAAAGACCUCCAGAAGAUAUGUUCCCAGCACCGCCGUUACCCAGUCCUCUACAAGGUCGAGUUUCAGAUGGCCUCCAAGAGCGAGCCCCACUCCAUGCGACACGCCCUCAAGGAAGCCAACGAACUCAAGAACACCACCAAGAGGAGCCUCGCCUAUGACUACAACAGAGUGGUCCUGGAGCCGCUACCAGACGCCCCGGACUCCGAUUACGUCAACGCCUCCUACGUGGAUAGCCUGUUGACGCCGAAGGCCUACAUCGCCACGCAAGGGCCGCUGGAGAACACCAUCGCGGACUUCUGGCGGAUGGUGUGGCAGCAGAAGACGCGGCUCAUCGUCAUGCUCACUAAGACCUUCGACUUCAUCAAGGUGAUGUGCGUGCAGUACUGGCCGGCCAUGGUGGGCUGCUCGGACCACUACGAGGGCAUCAAGGUCGACCUGCUCAAGGAGGAACAACUCGCGAACUUCAUGAUCCGGACCAUCAAGCUCAGCCUCCAGGAGAACCCGGAUGAUGUGCGGGAGAUCGUCCAAUUCCACUACACUGAAUGGCCGUCCCACACGCAGCCCUUCAUCAACGGCCUCCUGGAGUUCAGACGGAGAGUUCGGAUAUGGAUGCUGUCAAAUAUCACGCCGGCAGAUGGCCCCACGGUUGUCCACUGCAGUGAUGGAGGCGCCAGGACGGGGGUGUACCUAGCCGUGGACAGCAACCUGGAACUGCACGAGGAGGACGGGAAGCUGGAUGUGUACGGCUACGUGAAGAGAAUGAAGCAGGCGCGGCCGGGGCUCAUCGAGACUGUGAGUCAGUACCGCUUUGUCUACGACGUGCUGGAGGAGUUCCUGCUGUGUGGGUACUCCUUCUUCCCCGUCAGCGAGCUCUCCCAGCGGCUCAAGUACAAGUCCAUGAAGGGCCCCGGGAACAAGAGCGAGUACCAGAUAGAGUUCGAGAAAAUUUGCAAGAUGACGCCUCGGUUCAGCAUCGGGGACUGCGCGGGCGGCCACCGAGCGGACAACAGAGUCAAAAACCGUAACGUGCUGUGUGUGCCGCCCGACAACUUCAGGCCCUACAUCACCUCAUUCCAAGGCAACAGCAACACGGACUACAUCAAUGCGGUCUGCGUCGAUGGUUACUUGAGGCCCCGGGAAUACAUUGUAACCGAGUUUCCCCUCAAGUCGACCAUCUCAGACUUCUGGUCGCUUGUGUACGACCAUGAAGUGACCUCCGUCGUAGUCCUGUGCAACCCCUCACCCUUGGAGGCCUCGACGUACCCUCCUUUCUGGCCAGAGAAGCAAAAGAGCACGAAGUACGGCCCGGUCUUCACCAUCGACCAUGUGAGUCACCAACACUACCAGAACAUCCGAUCGUGGAUUUUCAAGAUCACAAAGAAGAUUCUGUCCCCCCAACGCACUCAGCUGGGCACAUAUGACACGGUGCAAGGGAAGCACAUUGUGUCGCUGACGGAGCUGAUGGCGGGCAUCAAGGCCGAGCCCAAGUCGUGUCACCUCUUCCAGCUCAUGUGUUGGCCCCAGGGUCAUAAGGUGCCCACCUCCACCAACGCGCUGGUGGAGCUCAUGAACAUGGUGGAGCGCUGGAGACAACGCACCGGCUACGGCCCCGUGGUGGUGGUCAGCCCGGACGGCAUGAGCAGGGCGGGCGUGUACUGUGCGGCCAAUGCGUGCAUCGAGCAGGUGGUACAGCACGGGGAGGUGGAUGUCUUCCAGGCCGUGCACACCGUCAGGCGACACCGGCCACAGCUCAUCAAUAACAUGACAGAAUACAAAUACUGUUAUGAUCUCGUCCUCCACUAUGUUCUUCACUUCCUGUCCAAGGAGGUAAAAAAGUGAAGCUGCCUCAAGAGUGGAAGCAAACCCCGCCAGGACGCGCUCACCCUCUCCCUCACCCUGUAAACUGAACUAACCGUGGGGGUGGUGGUGACUAAUGAUAGUGCAGUCUCCUCACACUAACAAGAAGGUCUCCUGUGAGCUAUAUUGUGACUAUUGACAUACUAUUUCCUUUCCCUUGUCUUGACCACUUGACUUACACCUCCUGUGCCACGCCCUUCUAUUUCCAGAACGGGGAGGAAAACAGUCAAGAUGGAACGACAAUGAAAGAAAUACCGAGAUAAAGGUUCAGUGCAUUGUUGAAGACUCUGGACGCUCUCUGCCUUCUCCUAUACCUCUCCUCUACAUACAUGGUUCUUAUUUCCUACGUCACACUCUUCUGUACUUGUUUGUUCACUUCACUUUAUCCACUAUUGUUAUGCAGUGUUAUUGAUUUGUUGGCACAGUGUGGUUUAAUAAGGAUUCAGGGGAGAGGCGUGCGUACAGGCCUCCCUUGUGUUGCUUUGGAGAAAAAGUGAGGGAAAUGUUUGCAGUGCAGUGUGGACAUCCUUUGAAAAAUACAUUAGUUGAGGUAGAAAAAGAGGAAAUGUACUUUACUACAUACCUGCGUCUCAGUUGGUUUUGUUUUUGGUGUCAAAGGAACAUAUCCGUGAUCCGCACUACUUGCUGAGAUCCUCUUCACAAGACAUCUAGCAACCGAACACAAUUGAGAUCUUUGCUCAGAAGACUUACAGGAGGCAAAUGAAGAGCUAUACCAAACUCUUCUGGCAGAUAAAGGACACCUCAGCCUCCACUGACAUAACUUUAAGAAUAUAUUUGGACACUCCAUUGAUGCAUUAUGUGCUCCUAAAGUGCGGGUGCCAUAAAUGUGACAUAGGAGUCGACAUAAGACAGUAUGUAAAUAUAAUUGAUAUUUUUGUGAGGCAGUGGCAGUUUCUUAAAGAAGUUGAUUUAAAAUUCUACUCUUCCAUUGACUGUGGAAGCUAUAGAUUUUUUUUAUGCAUAUUGGGGAUAAGUAGCCUUCCUUUCAUUCAGGUCAGUGAAAACAAAUCUCUUAGAUCUGUGUUUUCUGUCGACACUGAUGAAGACUUUAAACAUCGAAUACUUAUCAUGUACCGUCUUUAGGAGACAUUCUUAUCUGUGCACUAUUUGCAUGUUUGCACUAUUUCUAAGCUCAAUAUUAUUAGCUGCGCGUUCCAAGAAAAUAGUGACGAUGUGUAUGGUAGUUUUGUACCGACGCAGAACACCCGGUUGGUGAGCGGGAAGGAAACGGCAGGAGAGCGGAAACACCUCCUGGGAGGCUGAAGACACUCGUGUUGGUGUGAAAGGUUAAGUGAACGAUUUUACUGUUGCCGUUCGUCUUGAUGUUGAAAUUCUUUUUAUGAUAAACAUAAGUUUUUUCAAGUCGUUUAAUGGUUUAUCAUUGUUGACAUAGUAGUAAGUCUGUACAUAAGUAAUGUGGAAACUUGGGCUUCUGUUGGAUGCUGAAUUAUGGAUUCCAGUGUAUACAGAUUAUAUUUUAGUGCACAAGCUGUACUCCUUGUCGCGUGUAAGAGGCUGGUGUGAUAGCCCUUCCUUAGUUCACUCAUAUUUGGUUGCGCUGUCCCUCAAAGGAGCAGACACACGUGCAUUUGACAAGUGUUUCGAUGAGACUUGAAGCAGCCCUCAACAUGUCAAACAACAUGUUAGAAACACUGUUGCCGCAGUCAAGUUGAUAAAAAAGAAAUUGACAGCACUUGUGUGGAUGUUUAUCGAAAGAAAAUGUGAUUAUAGCACAUAGUUAGUUGCAGCAAGUUCAGAAAACCGUUUACAUAUUGUUUUUGAACAUUGUAUAGGGACACGCGUGUUUGCAUCGUUAAUCAAGACCAAAACGAACUUCACGCAACUUGAAGGUCCUGGUGCAUGAAGAGUAGGUGUGGUGCACAGUGCUGCAAGUGCCUCCCCCUGGGCUGGUGUGGACAAGGAGGGGCUCCCUAUGCACGAGCCUCACCCCAGUACAAUCAUUCCUUUCUCCCUUGUCUUAAAGACGUGGCCGUACCUGAGGUGCUGGCUGGUUCAAGUUGGUUAACUCACUCUGCUCAGACCAAGUGUUGGCCAAAGGUUCUUAAGAAAUAUUGUGUUGUUGUCCCUCACAUGCAGUUAUUAAGGGCAGAGCAGCCCAUUGUUAAGUGUGUCUGUGUCUCUCCAUUACUGACACACUGCCUCAGCUUUCAGUGCCUGAGUUGACGAUUUGGGGAUUGACUUCCUUGUGAGAGUAAAUGACGCCUCAACUUACUAGUGAUGGCGGCUCUGGGAAUGGACACAUUGAUGUUAAGAAAUAGUGACUCUUUGAUAGAAAUGACAUGGAGUGAGUAAUAAAAUUAUCCAUAUCAAUAACAUAAUUUUCAUAUAUUUUGGUUUCUUGUAUGCAUGUUGGUUAGGGCUGUUCGUGUUGAAGAGCAUCCUGCACGCCAGAGAAGCGUGCAUGUGUGUGUGUGUGUGCAGGAUGACUUACAUCUUUGAUUUUUAGUCCAUCUCAUUCACCUACUCUCCUCUUGCUCAGCCACACUCAUAGACUCUUCCCCCUCAGGUUAGAGAUGAAUAUCAUCACGAGUAUGAAAGUUAUUCUUUAUGCUAAUUGCUAAGACAGAUUCCCUGACACACCGAGUUCAUGCUCAAGUCUCUCCCGAGCCUGUGACUUCACGGCCCCGUUGGUCGUGACGCAGCAAUCAGGUUCGGUCUGGAAUAAAAAACAAAAGAUUUUGUGCUCAUACAAAACCUGGAGACAGUUCACACAGUGAGUGUGCAUGUUUACACCCACAGAGUGAAAGUUGUAAAGCAUUAUAUUCUAGCAUUAGAAUUUUUUUUUAUAAUCCCUCUGUCAAACAUAUUUAGAUACCUACAAUGGAAGUAGCUGCCCUCGUAGCCUUAAUCCAGCCUGGUAAUGAAACACGUGUUUGUGGAGAACACACGUCAGUGUCUCACUGGCCUGUUGUCAGGACGAGGAGGUCCAUUCCACUGGUUCACCUCCGUGGGUUUGCUCCACAUCUGCCCUGCUUCCAUACAGCCAUGGCCCUUUGCUGUGGCAUGAACCAUUUAUGCUAAUUUUCUUCCUGUGAAUGACAGAGCUUUGUGACAUUUCUAGGUAAUUUCUGUAAUUGAUCUCAGAUUGCCAACCUUAACCCUUUCGAAACUGAUUCUUAUUCACUAACUUUAGUUUGCAAGUUGGUGUUUUCAGUUUCAACAAAGGACUUUUCAAAGUCAGAUGAAUAUAUAGUACUAAAAAAAAUAUAUAUCACAUGUUUCUCACGUUUCUUAGAAAUGUCUUCUGUGUGACUUUGCAGCAACAAAGUUUAGUGCUCAGGGAGACUUUGAUGGAAGAGUUAAUACAACGGAUAAGUUGCUAGGUGAUGCCGAAAAUGCUUUAUUUAUUACUUUGUCACGGCCAAAGAUUUGUGUCCCACCGCCAUCACCUCACCCUUCCCCGCCCUCCCGCGUGAGGGGGGCAGGCCAGGGCGCACUACUGGGGGGUUGUUCAUCAGAAUAUUUUGUCACAUUUUUCAGGCAACUUAAGCAUAUAGAAAUUUAGUAUUGAUAUUUCUUUUAGAAGAUGCUGCAGUACACUUACCAUCUCUUGACAUACAUGUUAUUUAGUAUGUAACAUUCAUAUCAUGUAGAGUAAGUCUGUUCAUGCUGCCACCACGUGCUAGCUUGCUGUUUUGCAUUAUGGACAGUUUUAAGUAUCCCAUCCACAUAUUGUACAUAUAAUCAUGUAUAAGAAGAGCAGAUUUUUCCCCUAUCCCUUUACUGUUGGGAAUGAUACUUAAUUCAUGUGAAGUAUUGUAACAGCGAAACACUUUUAACCUCUCCUAGCUCAUAGUUUUUUGUUAAUGGACAUUAAGGAAAGGUUAUGCCGUUACGUGAGCACGUCUAACAGCCGUGCCUGAGGGGCGGCGUGCUGUGCACGGCCCCUCACGCUGGCACUCCGAUGCCCUGUUCAGGAAUGAUGUUCCAGUUUAUAUCAAUAAAAUACUCAAAAACAA